AAACAUCCUUGAUCUAGUGAAAAACCGGACAAACAAUUAGGUACUAUGGUAAAUUUCAAACGAGAUCGAUAAUAACAUAAACUAAAUCGCGAUAUCUACGUGGCCACGGCGUUGACGCGUUUUAUAUAGCACAAAUAAAAAAUCGAUCAUGGUUGAAAACACAAAUAUAACGGAAGAAUCGGUACGUUUUGACGAUCCAGGGCGGCCGACGUUAGCCUAUCCAUCGUACCUUGGCAUACUGUUCAUCUUCACGACAUUAUUGGUCGGAGUCAUAGCAAGAACUCUAAUGCACUGGAUGAAGACGAGCUUCCCGCAUAGGGUCGUAAUGUUUUUCGUAGGCGGUUUGGUUGGAUUCUGCGCGAAUCGCUACCCCAGCUUCAGGCCCCUCGUCAAUGUCUGCUACAUCGACAUAGACUUAAUGCUGCUGAUUUAUCUGCCCACUUUACUGUUUUGCACGUCGUAUUCAGUGGAUUCGCAUUCGUUCUUGAAGAGUCUACCUCAGAUCCUGCUCGUGAGCGCGCCAGGGUCGUUAUUAACGUCCUUAAUAGUGGCCUUUAUGGCCUAUUACCUGAUAGAGUCGUCGUGGAACUUCGCGACGGCUCUACUAUUCGGCGUUAUUUGCUCUCCGAUUUAUCCGGUCGAAGUGGUCAAACAGCUGAAGGAAACGAGCAAAGGGAAAUACAUAAGCGUACUGCUUCUAGGCGAGGGUCUCGUCGGAGAUGCGACGGUUAUGAUCGAAUUUACAGCUCUGUACGGCUAUUUGGCGUUCGCUUUGUCUAAUGCGUCUCAGAUAUUGUUGUUGCUUAUCCGGUAUGCGGGAGGGGGAAUACUCUUGGGAGUUGUGAUGGGAAAGACUGCAGGAGCACUCCUGUCUAUAGUGUAUUAUGAUAUGCUGUGUGCAGUAACAGUGACGUUGGCCGGUGCGUAUUUGACUUAUUAUAUUGGCGAGAAGUUCUUAUACGUCUCCGGUUUGCUGGCGACGGUCAUAACCGGGAUACUGGUGAGCACUAAGAAGUCAGCGGUGGCAGGCGACGUCGAACAAGUCGUUACGAAUUUUUGGCUAAUAAUGGCACAUGCGACCAACACUGUUAUCUUUACGAUGGUAGGGGUGGUCGUCUUCGAGAAACUGCCCUACGUGAUCAGCGUGAAGCAAGUUUCGCUGAUUUUCGUGACUUAUACGACUGUUUACUGUUCGAGGCUGCUAGUAUAUUCUGCAAUGACACCUAUACUACGCCAUAUCGGAUACGGUAUGACAUGGCAACACUGCAUGGCCUGUGUUUGGGGAGGCUUGAGAGGUCCUUUGUGCUUGUGCUUAGCUCUGACGGUCUUACAAACGCCGGCCGUCGCUGAUGCUGGAGAGAUAUUUUUGAUCCAGACUACCGGUCUGGUGAUUCUGUCGCUUAUAAUCAACGCCACGUUGAUGCAGAAAGUGCUAAAACUGCUUGGCCUCACUGAAAUUUCAUUGGCCAAGAAAGCCAACAUGACGAAUUGUGUGAAACGCAUAAUGGUCACCCGGGACCGGUGCAUUUCUAUGCUGAAAAUGGACAGGUUCCUGGCCGAUGCUAAUUGGGACCUUGUUCAUGCGGGCACGACGAUAAAACACCCGUAUCAGCAGCAGAUGUCUGGUCGGGAAGGCGACAGCGACGAUGAGACGUACAUGGGGUACCGGUACACCACCUGUCCAGAUUGCGAAAGGGAGAUACCGAACGAGCCGACAAAGAAGGAAUUCGCAGAAAUGAUGAGAGAAGCCAACCAACGCGUGUUAAAAGCUAUGAAGAUAUCCUACUGGAGACAAUACGAGCACGGUAAAAUCAGUAAAGAUGGAGUCAGAACUCUUAUACAGGCAGUGGAGGUAGCUGCCGACUCUGAAGAUGGAAGAGUCAAUUUGGAGCAGCUAGGGACGCUGUGGAGACCUAAGCCUCCAGCGGAAUGGCUACGUCGGAAAUUAGUGGAUAUGCUCGCCACAGAAACCAGUACGUUCCAAAUACCGCACACGUACGGACGGCAAGUUUGCUACGAGAUGGCCUCCAGUGUGUGGUUCGACGUGUUCAUAUACAUCGUUAUACUGUGUAACACUCCGGUGAUUUUGUGCGAAGUAGCCAUACCGCCGCCUGUACCAAUCACUGUCAUUCAUACCGUCAAGAUUUUGAACUUCGUCUUCUACAUAAUAUAUUUCUUAGAAAUGGUAAUCAAGAUGCUUGGGUUCGGUAUCUAUGGAUAUUUUGACUCGAACUGGAACAAGCUGGAUUUUUUCAUUAUUGUCAUGGCCACCGCCGAUUUAGCUUUAGACAUAAUAGACACGUUGACGUCUUGGGAUAAAUGGCGCAAUUCGAACUCCAGUGUACUAACUGCCACAAAGCUACUAAGGAUGUUGCGUUUCCUUAGACUCUUCAAGUUAGCUAGAGUGUCCGUUCCAAAGAUCAUGGGGUACAUUGAUAAAAUGAUUGACAUACAACUCGCUUACGGCUAUGAUGUUGGAAAGGGCUUCGUAACUGGCGAGCAAGAGGUAUGUAAUUUACUGCCGCAGCUGGUCGACAAUGUGCAGAUCCAAGAAACGCUUAACAGUCGACUGGAAGCCGACAGAUUAACUGUAACCCGACAACUUGGCCUAUUGCAACGGGACCGGCCGUGGACCGCGAUAACAGUUAAGACGAGGCAGGCUACGACAUCCACGCUCAACAUUAUGUUGCUCGACGCUAUGCAGCUAAAAGAAGAGGGAUUUCUUGAUGAAAUGGAAUACACGCUUCUAGUUAAUGCUAUACAAGAUAAAGUACAGCAGUGUCGUCACAGAGGCAGUUUGGUAGCGCCCUCUGCUCCCGAAACGCAACUAAGGGCCGUAUCCUGGUUACAAGGCAACGAGAGACUCGCCGAAUUCUUUCUGGACAAUUCCGAAAUAAUUAAUUACAAUAACGAGGAUAUACUCAUUUCAAGAGGGGAAGAACCUAAAGGCAUUUACAUAUUAGUGUCAGGCCUUUUAGAAGCUACGUAUAUACCUCCGGACACGGAUGUUAAAGAGAGCAUACCUAAUUACGAAUUCCUGACUGAUUUAAAGUUCUCGGAGAUGAAGCAGGAUUUUAUUGUUUCCGGCAACGCAGUCGGCGUGCUAGGGGUUCUGACCAACCGUCCCUACAGCUACACAGUGCGAUGCGAAUCAGCCGUCCAAGCAUACUUCAUCAAGAUGCACAUUGUGAAGGAAGCUUUUGUUUUGGCUCCACAUCCCAUAAUGGGUCUCGAAGCCUCUAUGUGGAGGGAGAUAGGGAUCAAAUUGGCGAUGUUGGUGCUACCUACAGUCCCAACGUAUCAUAGCUGGUCGAGUGACCGUCUCAGCAUGAGGCUCGAGCACGCUUUUGUGCCUUGCCUUAAGGCUUUUAAGAUUUUUGCCGUCAACGAAUUGAUGGAAGACAUCGUCCUACUUGAUGGGGUGUGCCAAGAUAUGACCACUGGGGAAUUAUUUCAACCCCCUUGCUAUAUACCUAGGACCGUCCACCGUCUUAUAUUACCGAACUCAUCACAGCUACUGCUGAAAGGUAACUACAACUCCGAGACAAAGCUGCUGAUAAUACCGGCUAAAGACGCUGACGAAUUGGACAUAAUGGAAGAUGAGAUUGACGACGUUCAAUGCGAAUUAGUGUCGAACGCGUCGUCACGGUGCUUGUAUCACAAAGUGUUGAGGAAGCUGUCGGCGGAUCCGCGUUCCCAGUCGCGACGGACGCGUCCGAAGCGGCGACGCGCGGUCCGCCGGGUCAACUAUAGGGAGUCGGUGUGGGGGAAGCGACAAACGUCCGGUACAAGUGAGAAGGAACUCAGCUCCAAGUACUACAAACCGAGUCUAGUUGAUUUUCCUGAACGGCUUGAACCAACAAAACUUAAAGAAAAACAACUGGAGUCCGUAUCAGUUACAAAAUCUCACGUGUCUUCGUUCACCAGUCACACGGACUCUGAACAAGAGAUCUUUGCCACAACGCUGACGAAGAACAAAAGAAACUCCAAUGGAGGAAGAGAUGGGCGAGAUUGAAAAUUAAAAUACAAAAUAAAUAUUUACUAAUUUGUUAUAUGAUGUCAACGUUUAUGAUUGGAAUUAAAUUUAUACUGAAUCUAAA